AUCAAAUUUCAGGUACCUUCCAAAAGGCAAAAGCUACGCAAUGAAUUAGACGCGUAAAGUUCCCAAAUCGGACCAAAAGAACUGAAUAAAAAAGAAACAUCCGCAGAAGUUCGCGUUAGGGAAAAGAAGAAAAAGGGUCCUCGUUUUCACUCUUGGCAGCUUUCAAACGAAACCCUGCGAAGCAAAAAUUCACCUUUUCAACAUUUCUUAGUCAACACCUAUAAUGCUUCUACGUACAUGUACAGCUAAUGUUUUUUAGCUUCUUUUGUUGGAUCUGGUCAUAAUCGAAUAUUUAAUUUGAAGAUUUCACGUAGAUUUUUCAGGGCCUCUUCUGUGGAAAAUCAAGAGGAAAAACUUGAUUGUAAUGGUCGUGUUUGAGCUCCUUUUGCGCCUUUUUUAUUAACGCUCGGUGGGAGUCUUACUGAGUGCGAUUUUGAUUCUGUAUUUUGGUGGUUUUGGGGAAGAAAAUUCUGCGUUUUGUUUUGUGCAUUGAGCUUUAUUCCAAAUUUCAGAUUUUGCUCAGAAAUUCUUUGUGGAUGUUUGAGGAUUUGGAUAUACUUGUUUGUAAUGGGGAUAUUUUAGGGUUUCCUUGGAAAAACUCGAAUUGGGUCGGUGGCGUGUGGUUAAAAAUUGAAGCUUCUGGGUGGUUUUGGAUAUGAAGCUCUUUUUGUGCUUGUGAGAGGUUUUGGCAUUGAUGAAAUGAGAAGGACAGUAUGCGUUUGGAAUGAUUAUUCAACAACUUAUGGAUCUCAUAAAGACAAGCUCUUUCAUUGUUUUGGUAAGUCUGCUUUUCACCUUGGCAGCUGUAAGUUCAGAAGAGAGGAACAAUGAUGAGGAAGUGUUUCUCAGGCAAUUAGUUGAUCCGGCGUCUGGGGAGAUAAAUGAAGACAUGGUGGAGGUAUUAUGGAUCAAUUGCAGGCAAGAUUUGAUCCAUUUGAGGGAAGCUGUUAAGGAUCUUAACUUAUGCUUUCUGGAUGAAAAAUUCAACAGUGCGAAUGACAUCAAUUCAAGAUUUCAAUCAUUAGCGAAAGAGAACAUUCAGAAAAUAAUCAGUGUCCUGCAUCCCCAGUUGAAAAGAACACUUCUAGAUUGUUUAAGAAAGAAUAAUAUUCUCUUUCAUGUCUCUGGAGAAGAAGGUGGCUCCAAGAUUUGGUAUGCAAAGUAUCUUGGUUCUUUAUAUACCAGGCCUAAUGCUCCUAGAAGGCAUUUGGGUGCUGAAUUGCUUCAGAUUUCAGAAACACCAUCCCCAGCACCUGCAGUUGGACCGCCUAUUUCCAGUCCAACGCCAUCUCCUGAUCCAGCGCCCUCCCCUGCACCAGUGCCUUUCAGUUCUCCAGCUCCUAAUCCCCAGAGCCCUGCUGUAUCUCCCGGAGUGCCCUUCUUUCCACCAAAUUUUAGCAAUUCAACUUUUCAAUCUUCAGCUAAUGAUUCUUUUUCUGGCAGUCCUUCUAAUUCAAACGUUCAGGAAAAUAAGCAAAGUAAUAGCCAUAAAUCAGUCGUUAUUGCUGUUGCUGUAACUGCAUCGGUGACAUUUGUAGUUGUGGCAUUGUUCUUUCUGUGCUACACUAAGGUUUGUAGCAAGGGCUCUAGAGCUAGACGAAAUGAUGAGAGGCCUCUUCUCAGCCUGAGCUUAAACGACUUCUCUGUUGGUUCUUCAACAAAAUCUUCUGCUUUAGGAAAUACAAUAAAAGAAGAGAAACUUCAGUACCAGUCGUUUGGUAAUGCCCACAUUGAGUCAGGUUUUCUGCAUGGCUCACCUGAAUCAUUGCAUGCAACAAGCAGUAUUACCGGACAAGUACCGCCUCUUCCUCUAAAGCCUCCUCCUGGAAGGUUGGGGACCACCACUUCUGUACUGCUUCCUCAGAAGUCUCCUCCUGACCGGGCAGAUCCUCUUCCUCCUGAGCCACGUUCUUCCUUUAGGCCUCCUCCCAGCAAAACUGCUCCUCCUCCACCUCCUCUACCACCUCCCUCUCUGAAACCUUCUUCUAGUGGGUCAGGCCCUCGCCCUCCUGGACCACCACCUCCACCACCACCUAUACCUCUUGGCAUCAAAACUGGUUCCCGCCCACCGCCACCUCCAAAGAGCGGUGUUCCUCCCCCUAGGCCGCCUCAACCAAUUGCCUUAGGCUCAAAAGUAGCUCAACCACCUCCGGGACCAAAACGUGCAUUAAAUGCUAUGUCUAGUGAGGAAGCUGGUUUGGAGGGCGACACUAAUGCUCCUAAAGCAAAGCUGAAGCCAUUUUUCUGGGAUAAGGUUUUAGCAAGCCCUGAUCAAUCAAUGGUUUGGCAUCAGAUUAAAUCAGGAUCAUUCCAGUUCAAUGAGGAGAUGAUAGAAACUCUGUUUGGGUAUAAUGCUGUUGAUAAAAGCAAAAAUGAACGCAGGAAAGAGUCUUCUUCACAAGAUCCUUCCCCCCAGUAUAUUCAAAUCAUUGAUCCUAAAAAAUCACAAAAUCUGUCGAUUCUUCUGCGGGCAUUGAAUGUGACAAUAGAAGAAGUUUGUGAUGCACUUCAUGAAGGAAAUGAGCUUCCACCAGACUUUGUUCAAACUCUGUUGAAGAUGGCACCAACUGCAGAUGAAGAGCUGAAACUUAGGCUGUUCAGUGGUGAACUUUCUCAACUUGGGCCUGCUGACAGGUUCUUGAAAGCCUUAGUUGAUAUACCGUUUGCUUUUAAAAGAUUGGAAGCAUUGCUUUUCAUGUGUACCCUUCAGGAGGAGGCAACCAUAACUAAAGAGUCCUUUGCGACCUUAGAGGUUGCUUGCAAGGAACUCAGAAACAGCAGGCUGUUCCUCAAACUUCUAGAAGCGGUUCUUAAAACUGGAAAUCGCAUGAACGAUGGAACAUUCCGUGGUGGUGCACAAGCAUUCAAACUUGACACACUUCUGAAGUUGUCAGAUGUAAAAGGAGUAGAUGGCAAGACCACACUCUUGAAUUUUGUUGUUCAAGAGAUUAUCCGCUCUGAAGGUGUAAGAGCCGCCCGUGGAGCUAAAGGGAGCCAGAGCUUCUCUAGCUUCAAAUCAGACGAUCUGCUUGAGGAAACUUCCCAUGACACAGAAGAGCAUUAUCGUAGCCUAGGUCUUCAGGUGGUCUCAGCUUUGGGCAAUGAACUUGAGAAUGUCAAGAAAGCGGCAAUUCUCGAUGCUGACAGCUUAACAGGAACUGUUGCCAAACUUGGCCAGCAGCUGAUUAAAACUCGUGACUUCCUGAACUCGGACAUGAAAAGUAUAGAAGAAGAUCGUGGAUUCCAUCAAACACUAAAGAGUUUUGUGCAGAAUGCUGAGAUUGAUGUUAUGUGGUUCCUGGAGGAAGAAAGGAGAAUCAUGACUUUGGUGAAGAGCACUGGUGACUACUUUCAUGGGAAAGCUGGGAAGGAUGAGGGCUUACGCUUGUUUGUCAUAGUAAGGGAUUUCUUGAUAAUGUUAGACAAAGCAUGUAAAGAUGUUAGAGAUGCAGUGAAGAGACGAACAAUAACACAGAAAAAAGAAGCCCCUACAGUGGCGGCUUCCUCUGAUACCCGCCAGCCCCUUGAUCUCCAUCAGCGCCUUUUUCCAGCAAUCACAGAUAGACGGAUAGAUAGUUCUAGUUCAGAUGAUGAGAGUCCAUAGAUUUUUUAGAAAAGGUGGCUCUUAUGGCAGAAGUUCACAGAUAUCUGCCCUCACGAUCCUAUCAUGCAUGCAGGGCUGAUAAAGGACAACAUCCUAGAAAGCAUCAGAGUGUAGAUGCUAGCACAUGGUGUUUGCACUUCCACUGAUAGGUUUCCUUGUAACAUUUGGAUGACUGAAUAUGACAUCAGAACGGAACAAUUACCUUCAUCUCGUUGAAGGACCCAUCAGGAAUGGAUUAAUGGUUCAACAUGAUCUCGCCUUAAAUUAAACCCCAUGUGCAUUGGCAAUUAGAUUAAAUGAUGUUCAUAUACAUUGUUUAUUUAAUUUUUAAUUCUUUGUUAUGUUGAUAUUUUUCAUGUUUUGAAAGAGGAAUAUGUAACCUGAAGGUUUUAUGUUUA